GUCUGCGCGAUGUCAUUUAGAAGCGAUAGAGCUUUUGUUGCGCGUCCACCACGAUAAGGAAUUUGUCGCUUGCAUUCCUGCAGCGAUAAAUCGCGUUCUGGUUUUCAAAUCGGGAGAGAUAGUCCAGUUUGAAAAAUUCGACUGACGUUUAAAACGCGCUUUAUUUUCGUGCCCGGCGGGAGUUUCGCGUCCCCGAUUUCGCUAGUGAAGGUUUCUACCCCAAUCUCCAUGCAGUAAUUUCGUUCCCGGAACCUUUCUGAGUGUCAUGUCUUUGGAGGAUCCAUUUUUCGUAGUCAAGGACGAAGUGUUUAAGGCCCUUAACAAAACCCGAGGAUUGUAUCUCCGUUGGCGAGAACUGGGUGACGGUAGCGGAGCAGAAGUCGAGUGGACUACAACAGAGUUAAGGAAUUCUCUGAGGAGCAUCGAAUGGGAUUUGGAGGAUCUUGAAGACACGAUUUCUAUCGUAGAGAAAAACCCAAGCAAAUUUCGAAUCGAUAAUAAAGAACUUUCCAGCCGGCGUCACUUUAUCGAAGCCACCCGCGAUGAGGUCCGUUCGAUGAAAGAGAAAAUGAACUUGAACCGCAGCCGGGACCGAGAUAUUACCGCACAUCAACCGCUUCUAGAUAAUCCGUCAGAAACUAACAAUAAUCUCACCAACUCAGCCAUCCUUGGAAAUACUGUGAAUUUCUCCAGCAUGGCGGCACGACAUAGUGGAACGAAAUAUUCAAAACUUGAAAAUGCACUCGACAGUCCUGGUCACUAUUCAACACUGGACAGUCCGUCACAUAAGUUCAUUGGAGAGAAUGUAUCUAUACAGCAGCGAAUGCUGCAAGGGCAAGAUGAGCAAUUGGAUGUUAUCAGCGAUUCGAUCGGUACACUCAAGACUGUUUCUCGGCAGAUUGGUGUCGAAUUGGAUGAACAGGCUGUGAUGCUCGAUGAUUUCGGCAAUGAGCUCGAAACAACGGAAUCUAAGUUGGAUACAACUAUGAAGAAGAUGGCCAAAGUACUACAUAUGAAUAAUGAUAAGCGGCAAUGGGCAGCAAUAGUAGUUUUAUCAAUAAUACUUUUAAUUGUGAUAAUUCUAUUCAUAAUUUUGUAAUUAUCAAGGAAUCGCCUUUUACGUAAAUUGGUUUCUACUAAAGAGAACAAAGUACAUAUAUGGCAGAAUGAGCAGCUGAUUCCUUUGCAUUCCAAAAAUGAAAUGAAUGCUUUUCAUAGGCAUCAUAAAGUUUCCUAGGGUAACGUUUUUUGAUUAAUAACGCUUUAUUUUUUCAGUUUUCGUGUCGACAUUUUCUUGUGCACGAUCCAUACAUUUAAGUAUUUAUUAACUUGUAGUUUUAAUGAACUCCAAUUUUCUUUAUUUGCUACUGCGUUUAGAAAUUAUUCGACGUAGUACUUAGCAUAAUGUAGUAAUUCCAUUUUGUGCUAUAACUCCCCCAUUUGGGGGAAGGAUUCCGAAAGUAACAGUGUACAUAUAAUAUAUAUCAAGCAAAUUGAAAUAUUCCUUUCACGAAAGCGGCAAAAAUUUAUUACAACUUUGUAGCAGAGAAUUGCGAAUUUCUAUUCGAAAAAAAAGUUCUAUUUACAAUUGUGUACACUAGCUGUAGCGAAUAAUGUGUUAGACGAAAAUGUAAACCAAAAACAACGGAAAACUGUAUCAACGGACGUACCAUAUAGAGUCUAUAUAUAGAGGGAAGUAUCUACAUGUAUAUGAAUGUAAAGUUUUAUUACAGAGACAAAAUAUCAAGUACCAUUGACAAAAUAUAGUUAUUAAAUGAUGACGUUGUUGAA